CUUCAGCAGAUAAAUAAGUUUUUAAAUGAACCAUUAUUAAAAACUUUGAAAAAGAACUAUGUAAAAAUCAGGGAAGAAAAAAACACAGCAAAUGAAUGAGUGUGCCUUACAGAUCGUGGGUGUGGAGUAUUGGUAAGGACAGCACAUUUAUGCCUGGGUGCCCACCCACUGUGGGAGAGCAGUGUUUUUAUUCUGGCUGGGUUUCUCUCUGCUGCAUUUCCUCUUUGUCUUCCCCUAUGGUCACCAGUUCACUAAUCUCUGGCGCUUUUCUCUACCUAUGUAUUCCUCUCAUGUGGAGGUACACGUCUUAAUAUAGUUUUUUCCUUUCCCACCCUUCUGUUUAUAUGGUCCCCGUCCUUUCAUGUUUGCGAUGGAGAUGGUGAGCCCGUUCUUGGUCUCUACCCUGAAAGAGUCAGGUAUUCUAAGAGCAGAAAAGAGGAAGGUCAGACACAGAAAUGGGUAUCUGGUAUCAGUUGGUGUCCAGGCAGAUGACUUCCAUCCUUGUGGUGUGCCUGUGCAAAACACCUUCUUGGAUUCUGCAGGGGGAUGAAUUCUCGUGUUUGCAUCUGUAUUUGUAUAGCUGCUGGCCAAAAAGUCUUAACUUGCUGUGUUAUUUCCCACAGGGUCGUGAUGCCAGGCCAAUUUACAAUACAUUGAUUCUCCCCUUUUCAGCACUACCCUUGUUCCUUCUCAUCUCUGCCUCCAGCAGAAGUCCGCCUAAUUCUGCCUGCUUCGUAUUCGCGACUCAAGGUUAUCUCUCGGCAAAUCAGACCCUUUACUGGACGGGUCUGAAUUAUGUUGUUUGAAUUAGUCUCCAUUCCCAGUGCUUCAUUAUUCUUCCUCUAGAUCCGUUCAGAUCACAAAUAUAUUAAUUCGCCCAUUUUGUAUCCCACAGUGUCGAACAUUGGGUGGCUGAGAAAUACGCUGAGUGGUAUGUAUUGGUGAUUGUGUGUCUUCUCGUUAGGGUGAGACUCUGGACUGUGAUUCCAUGGUCCUCUGCUGCGUGAACAGCUCACGAAUGGCUGCAGAAUGCCUUUUAAUUAACAGGAUUUGUUCCAGAUUUAUGAGUUUGGAGCAAAUGCUGAUGGCAUUGUGAUGAACUCAGAGAUGACGAGUUCCCCGAACCCACGAGACACGGCGAGAUUGGGAACUGCUGAUCCUUUCGGCAUCGCUGUCUCACAGGACCAUUCAUUCUCAAGUGAAAAAUUUCCCCGUUCUGUAUUUUUGUUUCUUUUCACUUUUAUAAAAACUUCUUAUUAGCACUUAGUUUGUCACCUUUUGGUCCAAGCUAUGACCUCACGCCUCCUCGCUCCCGCUUCCCUCCUUUUUCUCGCCUUUUCGUAUUCUUUGCUCUGCAGGAUUAAUUUAGACGUCCUUAGGACUCUUUCCUCCCUCUUCUCAAAACACUGCGCAGGGGCCUCUGACACCUGAGACUCAUUUCCAAAUGAACACUGCAAAUCAGUGUGCCCGUUUGUACUCAGUAACCACUAAAGGCAAGGCUUGUAUGUGUGUGUGUGGUCACAAAAGCAUGACAGAGUUGCGCUAGUUUUUGAGCACCUUAUGAAACCGAGCGGCUAAUUACGUGAUAUUUAUGGCUGUAAGAUCAGAUGGGUGGAAUGGGUAGAUUUCAGCUUUUAAGAUGCUGAGCGUAGGAAAAGUGAGAUGAGAGGUCUCUGAGCUCAGGGUGUGAGGAGGCUGCGCUCCAAUAAGGUCCGAGCCAACCAUGAACUGUGCACUACACUCACGCAGGCUUCUGUGUUUGAUGGAGGUGGCUGGGAAAUCAUUCGGGGCUAUGCGAUUAGGUACUUAAACAUGCAUUUUGGUGCUAAGCACAGGGAAUUCAAAUUCUGUUUUCUUUCUUUUUCUUUUUGUUUUUCAAGACAAGAUUUUUCUGUGUAACAAUUCUGGCUGUCCUGGAACUCACUCUGUAAACCAGGCUGGCCUCAAACUCACAGAGAUCCACCUGCCUCUGCCUCCCCAGUGCCGGGAUUCCAGGUGUGCGCCAUCACUGCCCGGCUGGGAAUUCAAAUCGGUUCCAUUUUGUAAAGCAUUUCUAGGUGAACUACAGAUAAAGCUCUUGGAGUUGGAGGCACGGGUAAUGACAGUGCGCAGAACUGUGGUCCAGGUGGUGUGGAUCACAGCUAGGACUCAGUAGACACUUGUCAGGUAAUUACUGCUGCUCUUUUAUUUUAUUUAUUUAUUUAUUUUUUAAGGAGAGCUCCUGCUGUAGCCUAGACUGACUGACCUUGAAUGCGGAUUGUGGGGAAGAGCUCUCAUGCUUGCCACUAGACAUACUAAGGAUGGUUUUUAGGAAAUUAUAUAUCAUAGGACUUUUAUUCUGUGACAUUUUGUUAGGAAAGGCUGAAUAAACUGAGAACAAAAUGUAUCCAUAUUAUGUGACACUAGAUUUGUUUUAUGUUGUUUUAUUUUUCCUCUUUUAAAAGUGUAUGUAUGUGUCUGCUAAGAAGUGUUAAGGCAUUUUAUGAGAUAAAAUUAUUUUUGCUUUUCUUUCUAAAACAUCCUAGAAACAGUAUUGUCUUUGAAACAUCACCCAAAGCAAACAAGGGAAAUGCAUGGAAGAGCACAAGCUUUGUGAGGUGUUUGCCUGUGAGCUGCGGUUUUCAUUAUCCCAUUGAGUGAGGUGUUUGCCUGUGAGCUGCAGGUUUGCAUUAUCCCAUUGAGUGAGGUGUUUGCUUGUGAGCUGCAGGUUUGCAUUAUCCCAUUGAUCCCUUUUGUUUUGCUGAGGGGAUAAAUUGGCUCGCAGGAAAGACUGAAUCAAACAAUAGUAGCUUCUGUCUUUCUUUUCUUCCUGUACAGGAAAUCUUAGCUUGAGCUAACAAUAUUCUCAGCAUACAAAUAAGCCAAUUAAAGCUGCCCAGGCCCCUUGGAAAACUUACUGGAAAAGAAGGCGUUUUAAACAAGAAAACCACAGUGCUCAACAGCCCUCCGUUGUCUUUCUGGAUUUGGCAUUGUUGGGUAGUUUCAUUUGUCCACUACAACGUGAGUCUUCCAACACUGUCUUUAGAAAACAGUUCUGCUGGAAAGCUGAUGAAAUCUUUUUUUCCCCCUCGAAUGCUUAACCUCAGAGGAGUAGUAAAUUGUGUUUCUCUCCAGUAACUCGACAACUGAGAAGGGCAUUAGCAUCCUAAUGGAGGCAGCCAAUUGAUUCCUGUAUUGAUCAGAUGGAGAAGACUGUGUUCUGUUAAAUUUAAGGCUCGAUGCAUCCUAAAACUGUUAUAGCAGGUGCGUCGAAAUAAUUUAAAAAUAUAAUUUUUUAAACAAAAUUCACAAGCAAAGCAACAUGCCAAGGCACUUUCCUUGAAAUGAAAAGAAAUACACACAUAUCAAAAUUGUUCAGUAUUUACUUACGAUUUCAUCCCAUGUCUAGAAGUAGGAAGCAAAAGAAAGCCAUGGGUUAUUAAAGUCAAAUAGGAUUCAUCAGGAGUUUAUUAAACAUUGCUGUUUAUGAUAUAGGUUUUCCAAAUUAAAGGAAUAAAUCCUACGUGAACUUAGAAAGUUGAUGCUACAAAACUAAAUAGGGGUAUCAGCAUUUAGGAAUCAUUUUUAGUCCAUUUCAGUUCCCCGUGAAAAUAAAUGGCUCAGUCAUGUUUUAGAUUUUAUGCAUACAUCCACCAUGGGCAUGGUUUCUCCAGCCUCUGCUCUAAUUUAAAAUUGACUUUGACUAUAAAAGAUUUCUGGCAUGCAGUCUGUGUAUAAUGGACACCCCUGUACUUACCACGGGCAUCCAUCAAUCUGUGCUGUAUUUGUGUUACGUUCCUCUGUCUCUGAAGUAAUGGACUUUAAAGAUGGAGUCACGCUCUAUUGUUAUUUAAUCCCCCGUCCCCAGAAUGAAUCACUGUUAUGGUAUGUAUCAUUUGCUGUUUGGAAAUUGAAAUAGAUGUAAAUGUUAGGCAUAUCCUUCUGAGGUUUGAUAUAUUUUUUUUUAUUUUACUAAAAGUAACACCAUAUUUGGUGGGCUUCCCUUGUUGAUACUUUUAUAUCUCACUAAUUAAUUUGAAUAACUGCAUAAUAUUUGUAUAAAUACACCAUUCUGAUGGACAGUAGGAGUUUCUUCUGGUUCACUGUCUUGCUGGGUGUCUUUUAGAUGUUAACAGGACUAUCCCAGGAGUUCACACAAAGAAAUGGAAUCACGGACUUACGUAGUCUGUAGAGUGUUUGUUUGUCUAAGGCUAGCUACAGAAUUCACAAAACUGUCACCUGUAUAAUAGGAAUAGAAACGUAGCCCACACCCUGCAUUUCCUGCGUAUUGUGACUGUUUGCUUUCCUUCAUUUUGUCCUUCUUAGUGAGUUGUCCUUCUGCACUCCCUGGAUGUUUGUUUGUUCCUCCUGGUGACUUUUCCCUUUUACACUUGGCAUUGUUUAUCUUUGGAACAGUAAUCUUUUGUAGUAUCUAUGUUUUACAUAUUGUUUUUUUUUCCAGGUCAAAUCAGGCCUUUUUAUUUUGUUUUCUUUUGUUUUGUUUUUAGAGACAGGAUUUCCCUGGGUAGCUUUGAAGCCUGUCCUAGUACUUGCUCUGUAGACCAGGCUGACCUCGAACUCACAGAGAUUUGCCUGUCUCUGCCUCCUGAGUGCUGGGAUUGAAGGUGUGUGCCACCCCUGACUGGCUCUGAUCAGGCUUUGAACACUGGUUUUUAGAAUCUUUUGUGACAUUCUUUUACGUUUUACUUGAGCCACAUUUAGUGAUCACUGCAUCCUUGCAUAGUGAUCCUUAAAUUAAUUAUAGUGCCGUGUAAUAUAAGGUCCUCCAAACAGGUCCUCAACCCUGCAUUUAAUUUUUCGAAAUUUUCUACUUAUAUAAAUUCAUAGUAAGUACAUCUUAACCAAUCCAGAACUUACUUUGUAUAAGGAAUGGGGUAGAAAUACAGCAAAAUGAUUUAAGCUCUUAAGUAUCUUUAAAGCCUUUAUAUUUUGUAUUUCUGAUUUUCCAUGAGCCUCAAGAAAUACGGGAAAGUUAAAAAGUAUCCAUCCUUCUAAUUCUUCAGAAUUUAAUUAUUCCUACCUGGCGUGCCAUCGUUUUAUUUAAAUACACAUUUAUUCUCAUAAUAUUUAUGAAUUAUUGCUGUAGAAAAGCCUCCAGCAUGAACAUGACCUGUGAAGCAUUCUAUUUCAUGUCAUACAUCACAUUAGUGCCAGGGACGCGAUACUCAGCUCAGGAGAAGAUCAACAAACUCAUUUGUUAAUGGAAGGAUGCCGUGUGCAGUGUCUGCUAGAACCUGAAAUAAGAUGUCUCUUCAAAGAAGAGACGCCAUGUAAUACCAGAAAAAGAAGCAAGACUUCCCAGGUUUGCUUAUUUACUGAUGUGGAGUUAGAAGCUGACCCCACACAGUCUUUCCUGCCAGUUAAAAAACAGACUUUACUGUAUUGCGGUGCGUCUCCCUCUUGAGAAGGAGGAUUCUGGGACUGGAUGUGUGAUGUGAACAGCAGAAGCCAUUCCCUUGCUUUGGCUGGGUGCGCAGAGGCCUGUUAUCAGGGUGGUCUGUUCCUGACUUACUGAUGCUCAGGUCCCUCGGCAGUGAGCUGCUCACCAAGUUUCAGACCAGUGUUGUGGUUCUAAACCCAUAGAACUGGCACACGGAUUAAUGUUUAAAGCUUCUUGUGCCUACCUAUUACCAUGGUUACAGAACAUUCUGUCAUAGUUCUGGGAAGAUUUCUUUUAUGUAGCAUGAUUUGUUUCUAAAAUUGACUGUCCAUAAAUUUGACUAGUGUAUUUUUUCUGUAGAGAAACUAUUAUUCAGAUUUGGGCGUAAUAAAAGGCAGUGUGUCUGGUUCUGGGUGGAUUUGCCUCUUAUACAGCUUUUGGCAUGGCUUAAGUUGGGGGAAUUACACUUAAGUUCAUGUAAUAGUCUUUAAUCUCACCAUUAGCUACUAUCAUAUCAUUUGAUACUUCAAUUGUUUCUGUUUGAAUAAAAAUAAGAUUUCAAUUAACUAACUAAUUAAUUUUUGAGACAGGAUAUCUUUAUAUUGCUCUGACUGUCCCGGAACUAUAACUAUGUAGACCAGGCUGGCCUCAAACUCACAGAGAUCUACCUGCAUCUGCCUCCCGAGUGCUCAGAUGAAAGGCGUGCACCAUGACCACACAGCUUAAAAUAAGAUAUUUUUUGAAACUGGGAAAUAUUACCUGCACUACUCUGUAGUGGUAAGAUACUGAACAACAAUACUGACAAUUUUUUGUUAUGUGUGAAUAUAACGGGAGCUGACUAGAGCGCUUCCCAGAGUUGGUGUUUCUUGCUUAGCCAAUGUUUAUUGACUAAAUAAAUCUUAACUUUAAAUUAGACCUUUUCUGUCCAUCUCAUCCCAGAUCAAUUCAAAGAAUGAUUAAACAAACAACUCACUUUCUUUUCUUAACAGAAGUAAGGAAAGCAAAUCAAAUGUUUGGGUCAUUCACACCUGUGGAUCAUGUAUCAGUGUGUGCUGUAAUAUUUAGUAAGCACCACUUUGCCUGUUACAUGAAUUGUCUUUAUACAAAGCUUUUGUUGGGUUGUUCAGUUUUGUGGAAACAGUGUAUCUGAGUCUCCCAUAACAGGGGCCCAGUUCUCAGUUCCCAUUCCCUGCUCAGUGUUCCUGGCUGAAGCCUGGCCCUCUGCUUCCUUCUGACUGGCGUCUUUGCCCACCUGCCCAAAGUUCCUGCCCAUCCAGAUAGCCUCUGCUUGCUAAAGGGAGAAGACAGCUUUCCUUCCAUCAGGAAUUCUCACGGAUCUUGCCUGGCUCUGUGUCCCGGCCAUGCAUCUCCAUACGGUUCCCCUCACGGCAGCUCCCUGCACUUAGGUGGAAUCGUCUUAUUGAUCUGUCUGCAGCCUUGCCCAAACUUUCUGUUCAUAGAAUGUGGAUCAAUGUUAUUUUGUUCUGCUUGGCUGGUGGUCAGUGACAGCCUAACACCCCAACUGGCACUUAUUGCUUAAUAAAUAAUUGUUAAAUAAAUAUCACCUUCAAAGCACAGAAAUCUCAGCACAUUACAAAAAAAAAAUAAAUAAAUAAAAUUUAAAAAAAAGAAAAAGAAAACCAAAUACUGCACUGACUCUUUGCCAGCUUGCUUUUGCUUUGGAUCCUUGCUACAACUUCUGCUCCAGUUUUGAUUUUUCUUUCUUUGAUCCUAGUAUUUCAGUGGCUGUCUUCAGUUUCUCACUAUGCAGCUUGGUUUACAAAAUUGCUCCCAGAGAGGUCUUGUUAAUACCCAAAAUGACUUGCUGUGAACGGCUGGACCUUCCUCACAUGGGCAGCAUUCAGUUGCCUCCCUUGCACCCUGGCUCACUUUUCUUAGCUGUGGUGACUGUCCCAUUACACUGCCUCUCUUCCCUCUGAAGGAAAACCUUGGCGGCCCCUCCCUCAUGCUUGUUCUCUGUCUAGUGUCUCUGUCUUUAAGUUUCCUGGUAAGGAAGCUCUCAACCUUCUUCCAAAGAGGCCUUGUGAAAAACAAAACCAAACAGCAAUGUAGGGAGGGAAGAAUAAGUUACCAGGAAACAUAUUGAUUUAAAAGUUUUAUUGAACAUUCUCUCUUACAGCUCCCUGGGGGAUAUGCACAAUUACAUGGAUACAUUCGCUAUAGUGAAAAAAAAAAUAAAGAUAUUCUCCAGCUGAAAAUAUAAAUUGGUUUCUCACUCUGGAAAGCAUGUUAGCAAUUCACAUCAAGCAGUUUUUGAAGCAUCCAUACCUUUGGCCUAUUAUUUCUCCUCCCCAGGAAUUAAUCAAAGUCUCAGACAAGUGUCUGUAUUUAUGCUAAAAGUUCAGGUGAAUGACAUCAUCAGUCGCCAGCGCCUGAGUCAAGCCGUUGUGGAGGUGUUUGUCAACUACACGAAGACGAAUUCUACCGUGACUAGAAGCAAUGGAGCAGUAUUGAUCAAAGUACCGUACCAAUUAGGACUCAGCUUAACCAUCGUUGCUUACAAAGAUGGCUAUGUCUUGACGCCUAUGCCUUGGAAAACCGGAAGGAUGCCAAUCUAUUCUUCAGUUACGCUUUCACUGUUCCCACAAAGCCAAGCAAACAUAUGGCUCUUUGAAGACACUGUUUUGAUUACUGGAAAAUUCGCUGAUGCCAAAUCUCAACCAAGUGUUCAGUUCUCAAAAGCCUUCAUCAAACUUCCUGACAACCAUCACAUCAGCAACGUGACUGGCUAUCUGACAGCUCUGCAACAGUUCUUAAUGGUGGACAAUUUUCUUUACAUGACGGGAAUCACUAUUAACAAACCAGGUCUGGAAAACAUUGAGCUGACUCCUCUUGCUGCGAUAUGUGUGAAGAUAUAUUCUGGAGGGAAAGAGUUGAAGGUGGAUGGUGCUAUUCAUGUGUCUCUUCCUCUUGUACAUACAAACACUGUAAGCAUGGGAGAUCGCAUACCCGCGUGGACAUUUGAUAUGAACACAGGUGCUUGGGUGCAUCAUGGCUGGGGAAUAGUCAAGGAGCAUAACAGCCACCUGAUUUGGACCUACGAUGCCCCACAUUUGGGCUACUGGAUAGCAGCCCCAUUCCCAGGAGCUAGAGGCUCAGGGAUAAAUGAAGACUACAAAGACAUAACUGCCUACCACACAGUGUUCCUCACAGCCAUAUUAGGGGGGACAAUCGUUAUCAUCAUUGGCUUUUUUGCUGUCCUACUCUGUUAUUGCAGGGGUAAGUGUGGAACACCGCAGAAGAGAGAGAGAAAUAUCACUAAGCUUGAGACCCUCAAGAGAGACCAGACCACGUCAACAACACACAUCAACCAUAUCAGUUCAGUCAAGGUUGCAUUGAAAGCCGAGGACAAGGCGCAGUUAUUCAAUGCCCAGACCUCAUCCUACAGCCCCCAGAAGAAGGAAACCACAAAGAUGGAAACAGAAGAAAGAAUUCCCAUGGUGAAAACUCGGGACAAUUUUAAGAUCUACAAUGAAGAUGUUUCCUUUCUGUCAGUCAAUCACAGUAAUUACUCAAGAAACCCAACACAGUCUUCGGAGCCAAGUAUAGGAAGCAAACAACCGAAGCAUGUCAACAACAACCUCUCUCCACCGCUAGGGGACGCUCACGAGGAAAAGAGGUAUCUCACCGGAAGUGAGGAGGUAUAUGGGCGGUCCCGCAUUCCCGAGCAGCUUAUGCACAUCUACAGCCAGCCCAUUGCCAUCCUUCAGACGUCAGACCUUUUCUCCACACCAGAACAGUUGCAUGCUGCUAAGUCUGCCACUUUGCCACGAAAGGGCCAGUUAGUCUAUGGCCAGUUGAUAGAACCAGUAAACAGAGAGAACUUUACACAAACGUUGCCCAAGAUGCCAAUGCAUUCUCACGUCCAGGCCCCAGAUGCCGGAGAAGAGGACAUUGUACUUGAAGGUCAGCAGAGCUUGCCAUCCCAGACUUCAGAUUGGAGCCGAUACUCCAACAGCUUGCUGGAGUCCGUGUCUGUUCCUGGAACUCUAAACGAAGCUGUUGUAAUGACUCCUUUCUCAUCGGAACUUCAAGGGAUUUCAGAGCAGACCCUCCUGGAGCUGUCUAAAGGCAAACCCUCUCCCCAUCCCAGGGCGUGGUUUGUGUCUCUCGACGGGAAGCCUGUGGCGCAAGUGAGACACUCCUUCAUAGACCUGAAAAAAGGCAAGAGAACCCAGAGCAAUGAUACAAGUCUAGACUCUGGGGUGGAUAUGAAUGAGCAUCAUUCAAGCAGAAAGCUGGAGAGGGAGAAGACAUUCAUCAAAAGCAUGCAUCAGCCCAAGAUGCUUUACCUGGAAGACUUAGACCUGAGCAGCAGUGAGAGUGGAACCACGGUCUGCUCCCCCGAGGAUCCCGCGUUGAGGCACAUCUUGGAUGGAGGGAGCGGAGUUAUUCUAGAGCACCCUAGGGAAGAGUCUCCAGGAAGGAAAAGCAAUGUGGAGGAUUUUGAAGCCAACACAUCUCCCACUAAAAAGAGAGGCCGACUACCACCCCUUGUCAAAAGAGAUAGCAAGACUAACAUCUGGAAGAAACGAGAGGAGCGUCCACUGAUUCCCAUAAACUAGUCGUGAGCUCUGUCUAUCUCUGUCGUUUCAUGGUGUGCACUCUUGCUUCUUGUAAAUUCUAGUAUGGGCCUAGGAAACUGAGACUGAGCCAUCUUGUGGGCCUUAGACACAUCUCAAGCAAAGCAGAUGGUAAAAUAACAGUUCAAAAAUCAGAAAUGCUUUCUCUAGCCUGUUCUUUUCAUUCUCUUUGGAGUGAUGAAGACAUCCAAGCCGUCAAAAAUGUGAAACAAUGUAAAGAUGUUAUGUGGAAGUUGUGCAGUUUGCUCACUGGUACCGACUCUUAAGAAUACAAAGUGAGCUGUGUGCAGAAGCUGCUCUCCACAUUCUUAUUUCUGCCUUGGUCAUCAUGGACCAGAAAGGCAGGUGUCUUCUUCAGGCCUCUUCCUCCUGCAGUGAGACUGUGAUGUCUUUUCCUGCCUAUGCUUAGAAGCAACUUGAUAAAUGUUUGGACGAAUGUUAAAGAUCAAACAACACUUUUUUUUUUCUUUUUCUUUUUUAAGAUCGAUGGCUUGUGGAUUGUCAGCACCAAAGUAAUGUGCUCUUGUAACAUGGGCAGGAAGCCCCCAGUUCAUCACAGGAGACCCAGCUCUGGUUGUUUGGGGACGCAGGUCUAUAGAGCAAAUAAGGCCUUGACUUAUUGUGUAGAAAUUUGAGAAACGGAAACUCCGAUAUUGUCUUUUUAUUUUCAAAUGAAGUGACCUUAGUUGCCAGGUGAGAGGAAAAAAGCUAUGGCUUGCUUUAAGGCUCACUAAUCCAUGUAGGCUAAAAUCUGUUUUUAAUAGUCUUUGGCCAUAACCCCAAUUCAAAGUCAGUCAUUUGGAGACUAUUACACUUGAUUAAAAAUGCAAACAUUUCUUGUGACUGCUGAAAAAUGACCAGACUGUGGAGACACAGGAAAUGAAUGCUCCAUGUAACUGGGCAGGGAAGGACUGGCCAUUGUCCUGAUAUUCAAAGCCUCUCCAGGGUGUGAGUUCUAUUUGUUCGUGUUGAUGCUUUUAGGAGAGGUUUGAGAAAAACAUCCUGGGUCUCAAGCGGGAGCCCAGACAGGCUCCCUUGUCAGCUACAGGCGUUUAUCACCGUCCUUCCCUCAGUGGGAACUUGGGAGCUGUUUUCAGUUGUGUGUCCUCAACUCUGCUACAAGCAGAAGUUCUUUGGUCCAAUCAGCCCAUCCUGUUCUACCUAGAAAUUGUCGCCAGGACACAUUGUGCAGCAGCUCUCUCUUUCCCUUUGGUGGAAUGAAACAGUUCUUCUUCUCAACCCCUACCAAUUCAAUGUAUGAGCCGCAGAGGAAAUUCAAGCCACCUAAACAAGUUUAAGGAAACUGAAAUAGACACCCCAACUUUGUAAAACUGUAGAUAGUUAUACAAUGAAAGUCAACAGCUCCCAACCCCCGGAGACAGUAGACUUACUUCGGGCGGUUUUUCCUGUAACCUCUUCUGAAAUAUCUUAACUGGUGGAACUCACUCGGCUUUCUGAAUUUAGCCCAAACAAUGCAAAGACCUUUCCCUAUGUUUCUUGUAUAUUGCUCCUUUCCGUGUGUCUGGCUAACACGAGGCUUGCUAUUGGGGGUAGAGUGGCAAGGCUCACAUUUAGAAGGGGCUUUUUCCUGUUCUCACACAGAACUAGAUCAUGAACAGCAUGGAAUGACUUGGAGAAGGUUAAGGAGUUAGUGCUCUGUGGAAGUGCCUUUGACUUGGACUCGCGUUAGGAGGAUUAAUGACAUCUUUCUCGGUGUACAUUUUGUUAGCCAAAUCAAAGAGAUGUGCGGUUAUUAAAAACUAUAUAGCCCUAGUGUUUCGCGUCGGAACAAUGAGUUCUGCAUGUAACGUUUUCUUUUGCGUGCUGUUUUUUGAAUCCACAAUAUAUUGGUAAAUUAUUUGUAUUGGAAUGAGGUUAGGAACUAUAGGUUAGGAGGUACUGUACCUCCUUAACACUUUGAGUGUAUCUCCUCAUCUUUAGAAAGUUUUGUGUCUCCACUGGGUGAGGAAAGUCAUAUAUAAACUUAUGAGUAUGUCAUCCAAGUAUGCCAGUGACUUCACUCAUUCUUGUCUAAGGGAAAUGAGAUGAUGUUUCCUAAGGGCUUUUGUAGAACUUUAAUUUCACAAAGUAACUUAAAAAGAUACUGCAUGUGCUGUUUUUGAUUGGGAAUUUUAGGCAAUUUAUCUUUUCUAAUGAGAAGAAUGUGACUUCUCAUUUGUGAGCAGUUCCUGUUAAAAAGUUAAAGCCAUCUACUCUUUCUUAACCCAAGUGAUAAGCCAACACUAUUCACUACUUUCUUAAAUUUUUAAAUUGAAAGCCAAUGCAGACUUUUGCAUACAUAAACAAGAGAAUUUUGAUUACAAAUUGCUGACAUUUGUGGACCCUUUGUACAUAGUUUGGAUAUAUCUUGAAGGCAAAGCUCUCAAUUAACCGAUGGAUUCAUUUACUAAAGCACUGCUGUAUGCGAUUUUGAAUACGUAUGACCUUGACACUUUAUAAGAUCCAUUUUUAUGACUUUCUGCAGUUGAAUAGAAAUCAUGCCCUUUUAUAGUUCACAGUAUGCCACGAAGAUCACAAUGCUGAGAAAUAAGAGUUCUUCUUUACUUUGGCAAUUACUGUCAGGCCAGUUUCUACUUGUUUGGAUCCUCUGCUAUCGAUACAUAUUAUAGGGUUUUAGAGAUUUGGGGCUCAAAUAUUGUCCUUCUAAACUCCCCCAGAAAGUUGAAGCUCAAAACUUCAUGUUAAUUUCUAUUGCUUGAGUUGUCUUUGGUGUUUGCUGACAUCACAGAGACCUGACUCACUUUCCACUUCAGAUCUAGAGUUGACGUCCUGCCCUCUUGUUCUCAGGUGUUUCUAUUUUUUUCUUCUUUGUAUUCUUUUAUCAGCAAAAUCUCAUGUUUUGGUGUAUUUAUUGAUGUUGCUGUAUUUCUUGAACAGUCUGAAGAUUUGUAAAAUGUUACAAACAGUUCUUUAAGGAUAAUAAAAUCAACCUAAAUAUA